CAUCUCUACAAAUGCUGUCUAUCCUUCUCUCCAGGUGACGAUGGCAGACAGAGCUGCGGCUGAGAGGGCAUGCAAAGAUCCCAAUCCCAUCAUUGAUGGCCGGAAAGCAAAUGUCAACCUAGCAUAUCUGGGAGCAAAACCAAGGAGUAUUCAGACUGGUUUUACCUUAGGGGUUCAGCAGUUGCAUCCAGCUCUCAUCCAGAGGCCUUACGGGCUCGCACAUCACUUUAUCUACCCGCAGGCGAUUGUCCAGCCCAGUGUGGUCAUCCCGACCCCUGUCCAGUCCAUCACAUCUCCGUACAUAGACUACACAACAGCGAGCCAGGCCUAUUCGCAGUUCACCGCUGCUGCCUAUGACCAGUAUCCAUACGCCGCCUCUCCUGCUGCUGGUUUCCUGGGAUAUGGCUACACAGGCGCUGUUCAACAACCGCUCACGGCUGCCAACCCUCCAGUGGCUGCCCCCACCGCCUUUGUGCAGUAUCAGCCUACACAGCUGCAACCCGACCGCAUGCAGUAGAAGCCGGCAAUGGGCUCCCUCACCACCUUCACCGCCCUUACAAAGAAGACUAUGAUGGAAUGGAAAAGUGCGGUGGAAGAUCUAUUCAGUGACAGAGGAAAACAAACUUUUUUUUUU